AUGACAAGCGACACGUACCCCGUCCAUCGCCUAGUCUUCAAGAACGAUCUUGACGGCCUUCGACAGGCCCUGACCACCAUCGCGGAUAGAUCGUCGCUCGACCAGAAAUGUCGCGGUCAAACUCCACUCACCCUCGCUGUCUCUCUCGGGCGGAAGGAAUGUGCGAAGCUGCUAUUGGAGGCUGGGGCGUCUACGCUCGUGAGAAAUGCACAGGGAUGGACGCCAUUCCAGGAAGCGACCAGCUUUGGUGACCGUGAGCUUAUGGAGCUCAUUUUUCGGAAACGACGCGCUGAACUCGCGAACUGGUUGAAGACGACUGGGAGGGAUGUGCUUUGGAAGAUAUCUGAGGACCUGAACAACUUCUAUCUCGAAAUGCGGUGGUCGUUUGGAUCAUAUGUCCCCUUUGUCAGCUCAAUAUGUCCAUCGGACACUUAUAAGAUCUUCAAGAAGGGACGGAACGUUCGCAUUGACACCACGCUCGUUGGAUUUGAAAGCCUAUCGUGGCUUCGAGGCGAUAUCUCAAUUGUCUUCACAGAGGAAAGCGAAGGUUCUCGGCUGGUAAUCUGCGAUCAUCAACGGAAAUUAGUGCAACAGCUGUGGCCACGGGAUUUCACAAUUGGAGAUGAUGAGAUUGCAGAGGAGCUCAGCAUAAGCUUGAACACGACGAUGGUGACCCCACCAGAGUUUGAUCUAUCGCGCUUCAGUCUAUCUCGGACGAAGAGUGGAUUCUGGACAUUCAAAAUCGAUCGCAACGAACGCGUCGGCCCCUGGGAAACAUCGGUAUGGUCGGUCGACGCCGUUGAAUGCGUCACUAAGACCCGCACAGAACAUCUCGAGGUGCAUCCACUCCCGGUCGUCGAAACAGAACCGGAGCCGAAGAAGGAGAAAGAGCCACCAAAGGCGUCUGGAUCGGAUACCGAAGCUGGAUCGGAUGAAGGUGACGAUCGCACAGCCACCACGACCAAGGAAGAAGAAGACGAGCUCAUUCGCAAAUAUGAGACGGGCGAAUGGACAGCCGAAGAAGGCGAGAUCGACGCCAAGAAGGCGAUACGCAAAUUCGCUCACUUCCGGCCGACACUGGACCCUCCACCGUCAGAUUCCGUCGUCUCCUACGACGACUUCUUUGCAGAAAGCAAGCUCGAUGAGUUUCUCCAUGUCGGUAGACCCAUGAAAAUCGAGCAUGGCGUCAAAAAGGGCAGCGCGACGCUUUGGAUGUACAACGGUGCCCCGAUCGUCCACGGCGCGUCUGCGGUCGCCGCGCAGUCUGUAGAAGAUUCAGAGGAGGCUGCGGCGACUUACUCGUUCUUCCCGACGGUGGUGCAGGCGAAACCCACGCCGCCUAUCUCCAUUCAGUCCGAUGAGUUUCCGCUGAAAGUGGAGACCCUGUGGCCGCUUCUGGAUCUGAUUGGCAUGGGCGCGGACAAGAAUGUCGGGGCUUUCAAGGAAUUCUUGAACAAGAACCUGCCUCCUGGGUUUCCUGUCCAAAUCGAGAUCCCCGUCGGUCUUCUUCCCCUCAGCGCACUAGUAACCUUCCAAAACAUCAGCACAACAUUCCCUAUCGAAGACAAGAUGUUUGCAAUACCCGGGAAGAAGGAAGGAUAUAGGCGGGGCGAGGUCGUUAGUGGUAGCGACGGUUCUAUCUAA